AGAGAGAGUUUACCGCAGCAGGAGAGGAAGAAAGAUGAAGAUACCUCAUGACUCCGCCCCUUGUGUUCUAUACCUGCUGCUAUUGGCUGAGCUGUUCGUCCUUUCAUCCUCUCGCCCCGCCCACAGAUCGCCCCUCUGCAACAUGUUCCAGCCGAUGAUCCAUCAGGUGGACAAACUGAUGCAUUUAAGACUUUAUGUUUUGACGGACGAUGAGCUGUCGAACUUUGAAGGCGUGGACAACAAACUGGACCGCCUCCCUCACAUAAACCACACGGCUGAUGAUUUAACAUCAAUGAAGGUGAACGAGUCGCUGUCCCAGCUGUUCGUUGACACGGAGUCCUUCAGGCUGCACGUCCUGUGGUUAAAAACAGCCAAAGAAAACCUCAGUUUGUCCUCCCAGCAUGCAGAGGGCGCCAGCUCUCACCUUUUGCAGGUCUCCAACCUGGUUAAGCAUUCUCUUCAGCAGAUCAGCAUGGAGGUUCCUCCGUCACCCUCUGCCUCCCUUCCUGACGUCUCCUCAGCCUUUGAAGCGCUCCAGUACUCCGUCGAAAUCUCUGAACGGCUACAAGUCUUUGGUCACUGGUACAAAAGAGUGUUACGGUUCCUCAAGACCAAAUCAUACUGCCUGAGGCAUUAACCUUCUGCAGGAACGAACCCCAAGGAACCACUGACACGUCUUUAAGUAACGGACAGAUUGCCUUGAAGUUUGGUUCUCACAUCCGAACAUCUGUCGACUGUUAUGGCACAUAUUCUGGGGCAUGAUCCCCUGAUGAUGCACUCUACUGAACAUGGGGAAUUCCUUACAAGCAUUUUCACUGUUUUGCUGAAAUAUUUAAAAAAACCUUUUGCAUGAAUGGCUCCACAUGUUCUAAAGAUGUUAAUGCUCCUCAGAGGAUGAACCUUGGGACUUUUCUGAAAGAUACUUAGAAUGAAAUGGCUUAAAUUCAUGUUCCCAAGAGGAUGAAUCCCACUUUUGGUGACUUCCUGUUUCUAUUUAUGUAAUAACUUAUCUCAUAACUUAUCAUUUUGUACAAGUGUUCAUGCUCCACAGAGGUUGAACCCCACUUAUUUAAGACUACACCAGUAGCUGUUUAACUUAUAUGGUAAAAUAUUUCAUUACCUUUGAUUGACAGGGUUCAAAAUUUGGUACAGAGGUUCAAGUUCUCCAGAGGAUGAAGUGUGGACUUUACCUCAGGCCACCAGUUUUUGGUUCAAUCCAGUUCAGACAUCCAAAUUCUCUCUGUGACCUUGAAUGUUACACCCAACAUUUCCUACAUGCUCCCCAGAGGAUGAACCCUACUGAAUGUGGAGACUGUUCCAGCAGCUGUUCAACUUAUCUGGGGAAACGUUCCAACAUCAGUUAAAUGAAAUUGCUUAAUAUUAUCUUUGAAGUACUCAUGUUCUCCAGAGGAUGAACCCUUAGGUUGAAUUCUUCCUUGUCCAAUGGGAGGAUGAACGAUUGGUGCCUUUUCCUGUAGCUAUCUAACUCAUCUGGUGUCUUCAAAUUUAAAGGGCUUAUCAUUAGAUAUGAGGAUUCAUGUGCCCCUGAGGAUGGACCCGUCUUAUUUGGUGACUCCUCAAGUAGCUAUUUAACUUAUUGGGGGGGAUUCCUUCAACAUCCCUGUAAUGGAAAUGGUUCCAAACUCGUAUUGAACUGUAUGCACUUGGCAACUCUAGACUCGUACCUGUAGCGCCACCAUGAGGUCAGACAUACAACACGUAUACUUCUUGUUUUGCUUGUAGCAUUUGAAAUGUCCUGUACUGAUGCACUGUGCAGAGGAAGUCCCAUGUGUGACCUUUGACCUUACUUUGAGACUGUUACAUUCACAGUGCCUGCUAAGUGUUCGGCCACGAGCUAAAUGACGAGAAAGUGUUAAGUAACAGUUGAUAUUUUUCUACGGUUGUUUUUGUAUUCUAUUUAUGAGCUUUUUUUAUUUGUUAUUUUUAUGUAUAGUGUGAGAUGCAGGCA